AUGCCGCCAGUAUUACUACCCGCCUCCGCGGCUGCGUACGCGCCCCGAUCAACAUGUAACGUCGUCCUCGGCGCCAAGUCAGAGCCAUGGUUGACCGCCCGGAUAAAGGCUGUCAACAAGGUUAAGCGACCUCUCAACAGUGUUAUGCAAGUAACAAGAUGUCUGACUGAGCUUUUGUCCUCGCCUAAUGCCAUCUGGUCGCUGUGCUCAUUGAUGGUGCCCAAGUCGCCCGAGACCGAACUUCGGAAAGAUUCGAAUCCUUUAGUUGAGGCUCUCUUCAACUUCCAGCUGGUCCAUAUCGAAGCCUACGUGGUUCAUGUCGACAUGGUCUCGCAGAACGAAGUCGCAUUCAAGCUGACCCAAGACACCAUUGACUCGCUUGUCGAGCACCAUAAGGAGGUCUUCUCCAUCGACACGGCGGCCAAUACCUGGAGCUGGAACGAAAAGGACCAACAGUUGAAGAAGCUACAAGAGGAGUUUGUGCAGGCAGCCAACAAGUUCGUCUAUCGGACCAGUGUCCUGGCCUUGGAGGGUAUGGAGGAGGAAGGCGCGGGUGAGCUCCUGUGUGGCAGAAGUGAGGAAGUCAAGUCUGCCAUCUCGGGUCUCUUCGUGCCUCUACUCCCUCCUCCCCCAAGGAUAGUCGAUAUUGUCCGACCGACGCCAUUGCUCCCCAGCUCUACCACGGCCGAGCAAUGGUGGCCUUCGCAGCAUAUCCAGGCCAUCAACCCUGCCCCUGUUGAGGCGUGGAAGGUGGUCCCCUCGAGCCCCAGCCCUGUAUCGUCAUGCGAUUCGCAUCACAGUAUGUGGCCGUCGGUUCAGGACAUGCAGCUUCCUUCGCCAGCUCCAUCUUACAGCCAGCCAUUUUCCACGGCCUCAUAUAGCACAGCCAACUACUAUAGUGCCCCAGCAUACAGCACACCAGUGUCCACUGCGUCGUUCUCAGCACUUCCUCUACCCAGUACCCUGACACAGCAACCAUGCAGUACAUCUGCUGCCAUCAGCAACUUUGGGUGGGACCGCUAUAACGAGUACACGAUGCCGUAUGCUACUGCCAUGUGA